AUGCAGAAUUCAACAGGCUGGGCCAUCUAUUGCUGGCGCUGCAACUCGGCCUACGACCCCAACUGCGCCGACCCGUUCAACAACAUCACCUCGGAUCUCGUGAACUGUGACAUGCGCGUCAAGGAACACCUUCCUCCGGGUACCCGGGCGCAAGUGUGCCGAAAGAUUGUGCAGAAAGUGUACAGCGACUUUCGCACUGUGCGUGACUGCGGAUGGCUCAAAAGCGACAAGGAAGGCACGGAGUGCAUGCGCCGAGCCGGCACCUUCAGCGUGCUCAUGAAGUACUGCAGCUGCGACAAGGACGGCUGCAACGGCGCCCGCCGGCCUACGGCCGUGUCCUCGUUGCUUAUGGUGGCACCGCCGUUGCUUCUGCUGCGCCUUUUCAAGUAGAGCACGACGGCCUCGCACCACGACGUCCCCCGUUGCGGGAGGGCGCGCGCAUCGCCGCGAACAGCGACCACCGCUUCAUGGCGUGCCAAAGCAACACGUGGCACGACGUUGCCAUGGCAUGUUCAUCGUGGCCUGGUGCGUCAUGGCGUGGUGUGGUGAUCGACAGGUCGGCUGCCUGCCCCACGGUGUGACUUGGCCCGGGCAGCAUGCGGCGGCAUCUACAGGAGGACUACUCCGCGGUCUCGAAGGCGUGCAACGCCACACGGACUGUGUGACCUGCCUCUGGACGCGAAAUACUACGCCGAAUAUGUGUCAGGUGGCUUCGCGGAGGCCCUUUCGACUUGGCUGGUCCACGCGUGGUCAUAUGAGGCCGGUGGUCUGUAGUGUGUUUCUGUUGCCGGGUGUAAAUUUGUCGUGAUGCUGGAGGUUGUGCAUUUCAGGGAGGUAAAACGCCACGAAGCUCCAGGGCGUCGACCCUUCUGCCAGCGAACGGGCAAGGCGCUCAUGUAUAGCUGCGGAAGACUGUAUACACAUAACGUGGCUUGGCACCUUGAGCGCCGCUGUUUCACUUUUGGGUGUCUCUCGGUGGUUUGUUCGGGUUUAUUUCUUGUAUUGGUGCUGUCAUUCACUUGUGACAGCUCGAAGCAAAUAAGAGACAAAUGGGAGCAAUGCAAACAACAAGCUAGCCAAGAAAGUAUCGCGUAACUUACAAAGAACGCUGCACUCCGAUGCUAAGUUGUGCAUGCUGAUGCACUGCUUCGAAGCGUUGUGAGCAGCCCAAUAGAAAGCACCUUGCAGUGAGUCGUUGCAAUGCGCGAAGGAAAGAACGGGCAUAGCCGCAAAAUCUUCAAGGCUGAUUAGUCGCUCAGCUGGAGCUAUGUACGCAGGUAAUCUGAGUUGGGCGUAUAUAUAAAGUGACUGCGAUAAACUGCCACGUCUCUCCCACGCUCGCGUCAAAUCAUAAAAAAAGAGCAUUACGGCAGAGCGCCUGGGCUGAAGGAAUGUUCACAAGAGUGCAGCAGUGCAUUUGUUGAACGUUUGAACAGCACUUACCGAUGGUCAAGGGAUCUUCUUCUCCUUCACCAAGUGACGCUACCGAAAAAAAAAGUAAAGGUUAAGACUCCCGUAAAACUAAAAGUUUGCCUGGGUGAAUUAUUGUUCUUUUUUUAUUUUCUGCGCAUGUUGUUAAGUUCAUAUCUGCGUUUCACCAGGGCCUUCAGGCCUAUUCGGUGAGCAUUGCACCUGAGAUUAUCCGCGCGGAGGGAACAAUCUUGCCUGAAAACUGCUGCUAUUUAUUCUAAUUAUUUUCUGGUGCUUCCAUGUCAGACGACAACUUCUACGGACACUAGAAA